AAAAUAUUCAUAUAAUGAAAAACUUGAAAAAUAAUCAAUAAUUAAAUGAAAGUUUCCGGAAAACCAAAUCUUGCAUGCAAGAAUACGAUUUUCAAUAGACGUCAUGGCCCAGAAACAGAAAGGUUCUUAUAAUGUUCUAUUCUUUUUUAAUGAAUUAUGUAGUAAUUUAUAUUCCAACGUCUCCAUGAAAAGAGCAGUUAAAGCCGAAAAUUAUAUUCUAUUUGUAUUCCAAAUUAGCCUUGUUGUUUCAGUGUUAAAGCGUUAGCUGCUUGGCGAUGAAACUACAGCUCGUAUCGAUGACCACGGAGCGGAAGAUGAUCCUGCAGCAGCACAACCUCCAACGGCAGCGCCUAGCACUCGGAACACUGCCCGGUUUCGAACAGGCCUACCAUAUGCCGCAGCUGUACUGGGACGACGAGCUGCAGUACCUGGCUGAGCUAAAUGCACGAUCGUGCGUGUACGCACACGAUCACUGCCGCAACACGUUCACCUUUCCGCGAGCCGGCCAGAACAUUGCCAUCAUCCGGCACUUUGGGCUAAACGUGACUAAGGAGGAUGUGUAUCGGUACAUCAUGUAUGUAACUAUGGAUGCUCGAACGUGA